AUGAGUACCCCUGGAACGACCUCGCGUCGUCGGAAUGGCAAACCAGCCUCCUGUGAGCCAUGCCGCAGAGACAAAGUUCGCUGCGACCAUGCAUUACCUGUAUGCACUCGCUGUAGAGAUCGUGGCAUCUCCACGCGAUGUUACUACCACCCCGCUCCUCUGACAAGGGCCAAGGGUCGCCGUUUCUUCCCAUUGGCAGAGGGAGUUCCCUUUGAUCGACCCCCAUCAGCAAGGAACCCUCAGUCAAACGAGACACCACUCAACCCGCCUGUGUCUAAUGUGGAACAGGAGAGCUCGUCUGGGCCUAUCUCGGCCCGUAUCCAACCACUGCUAUCUGGGUAUUUCGGCCCAACGAGCUUCGUAUCUCCCCUAACCGAGGAUGUCGACUUGGGCUCACAAGGCCUGAGUCUGGGCCUGGAGAUUGAAUCCGCCCAGAGGAUCCUGCCACCAUAUUGGGUUCACAAGAUCUCCGAAAUUAUAUUGACACUCGACGACUUUGCCACAGUCGAGGCCUUGAUUCGCGAUUAUUAUGCACUAAGCCAAAGCGCGAUUAUACCAGCGCCAUUUGUACUCAACAGUCUUGGCCCGGUCAAGUCCAUGUGCAAAGAGAACAUAUCGGACCGUAAUCUUGCCGAUUUCACUUCCUCCCUGACAGUAACCAUAAUACAAAACACGUCUGAAAUUUUCGAGGUUCCUUCCUCCACCCAAGGGCGCGACUUCCAUGCGCUAUUCACGGGAUCAGCAAUCCGCCUUGAAAUUAUCGGGCUUCUCUGCGCUCUCGCUGGUCGGGCAAGAUAUCUGGGACUCGCUAAUGACAGGGUCGAUGAGGAACGGACCUCGCGGUCUCAAUAUGCGCAUAAGAUGCUUGCAGCGAGUGAUGCCGCACUAUCGAUUUGCAAAAUCCUCACACCACUCAAUGACCUGACAAUAUGGCUUGUACAUGAGAUUCUUCUGUUGUCAGAUAUAGUACAUGGUGAUUCAAGCCCCGCUUGUUGGAAGCGAUUAGGCGAGCUUUCCACCGAUAUCUUCGCACUUGGCCUUCACCGUGACUCUAAAACCUCGAGCGAUAUACCCGAGUUUCUCUUAGAAUCACGUAGACGGCAAUUUGCUGCAGCGUAUCAGCUCGACAAGAGCAUUGCUACAUUCCUAGGUCGACCGCCAAGGAUACCAUGGCGAUACGCCGAUUGUCGCAUGCCCCUUGAUAUUAGCGAUGAGGCGCUCGCUACUGAUGACAUGAUAUUAGAUUACUCUCACAAUCAUCUUGAUGAGAAUGGCUGGAAUCUCCAAGGUGUAGUACAGCGAUCAUCAUGGAUACGAGUGCGGUUCAUCAUCAGCACAUUUCGGGAUGAGAUUCUUGAGGUCUCUCUACAGAAUGUGACACCCGAGAUGGAAAAUAUGCUCGAGAACAUCUCGCAGCGAUGCCAUCUAGCAUGGGAUUCGCUCCCCAAUUGGCUACGGUACAGCCCACGGUGCUGGGAUCAAAAUUUACACAUAGCAGUACGCCUUAUGAUGAUCAUCUCAUAUCUGGCAUACUUGUACAACGACUUCCUCAUCCAACGACUCAUUGCUGGGAAGAGCAAUCCACGCGGAAACACAGCAUUGCUUUGCGUUAGUGCUGAGAUCCUAUCAACGGUUCUGACAUUAGGCACGCAACGCGAACAAAUGGUCGAUCUCCGACCGGAUUUUGCGUGGACGGUCUUACUCUACGGCUUCCCUAGCGCCAGUCUACUCAUCAAAGCCUUGCAGCAUCAAAAGCACACAGGCGAGCCUUUCCUAUACGAAGGGUCGAGGUCGGCACUUAUCCGCAAUUUGAGUGUGUUCAUCUCGCAUCUUGAGACCAUCGUUCGGCCGGAUAGUGCCAACUAUGCUCUCUUCCAACGGGCCAGUCAGCUAUUCUCUAGGAUCAUUGAUGAGAUCCUGGAGCCACAGUCAAUUCUUCCCGACUCGAACGUUGGGGAUACCUCUGCUUUCGAUUAUGAUUCACUGAUCGAAGUUGAUGGCCUGGAUCUGUUUAAUAAUAUAGAUUUUGGUGUUGCGUUCAAUCAGUGGUUGUUCUAA